CAAAGACAUUUUUCUUUUGGUAAUAUGCAAUAAUUUAGCAGAUCGUUUGUCAAUGAACAUAUAUUUAAUGAUAACUAUCAAUUUUUUAAAAUCUUAUUUACAAGCCAUCACUAAAUGGGCAGACUCUUUUAUCCAAAGCGACUUGCAUUGCAUUCUAUUAUAUAUUUGUGUCUGAGUAUGUGCAAUCCCUGGGAUCGAACUCAUGAUGUAAGAAGGAACUUGUUAUUUGACAGAAAGGUUUUUAGAAGAACCAAAAAUGGUUCCUUUGUGAAACUAAUUUGAGGCCAAAUCAGCUAUUAAACUGUCUCAUUCAAAGACCAUUACUAUCUAUUCGCUGUGGUUAUAUGCGUUCAAUGACAAAAACGAUGACCUCAGAGACGUGUGUGCUAUCCCACCCCACUUUGGGCGUAUAAAUACAGACCGAAUGCUGUGAAACAGUGAAAGAAGAGCUGUCACAAGCUGCUGAAUCUCAACGGAGAAACCCACUUUAACCUACUGAACACGAGAUGGCUGUAAGAACCGGAGGUGGACCAUGCAAAUAUAGAUUAUUAUUUGUCUUCAUAAUGCUUUCAAAUGUAUCCUUGAGUACAUCAGUCAGUCUCGAUUUAACGGAGUUGCGAAAUAAAGUUUCGAAAAUUAAAGUCCAUCCACGAGGGAAUCUCUGGGCGACAGGUCAUUUCAUGGGCAAGAAGAGUAUUUCAAACAGCCAGUUACAAGACACUUCAUUAUCCUCAGAGUCUAAGAGGACUAUUGAGCAGUCAGUGAGUUCAGAUGGAGAAACAGAGGAGUUGAGGGAGCUGAUCACUCAGGAGGUGCUGAAAGUCGCUCUUCAGGCUGAACUUCAGGAUCGAAAAGGGACGCAAGAUGCUUACAAUCAGGAUUCGGACUUCCUGAUAAAGCUUUUGAAAAACUACACUGCGAAGAGGAACCUUAUAAACUAGCGAAUACACUGUACAAAAUCUAAUCUGUACAAAGUACGAAAACCUCAUUUGAGGAUAUUUAACCAUAACCUGCUUUUCUUAUUUAUGCCUAAUAUGUAUUUUGUAAAUAAAUGAAUGUGUAAAGAUGAAACAUAUUUUAAGAAAAUAAAUACGAACGAUUAGUCUCAUCAUCAUCAAGUGUAUUAAUGUCGGCAAAAAACUUACACAUUUACAGUAAUGUUGUACCUGAGGCCUUUGUUGCAGCUAUGCAGACAAGAAAAACAACAUAAGCAUCACAACUAAAUUACUAAUGGCCUAAAGUUCCUAUAUUGAGAGUAGUUUGCCUUCAGGUCUUCACAUGUAGAAACGUAAUUGUCUUUAAAAAGUAGCCUACAUUUGCUUUUUACAAAACAACAGGCUUAUGAGUUUCAAUACAAACAGUUUUUACUUAAUAUUGCGAUCAAGUACCGAAUUGCGUAAUUUCGGUGUUUUAGAGACUCGAGGUUAAUAUAUUACGAAGUAAUGAGAAGAGGCUUGACGAGAAAUGACUGAAGUAUAAACAAACGAAUAAAUAUAUGUAGGCUACAGAUAGAUGAAUAAACAAAUGUUGAAAUACAAAACUAGCACAAAUAAAAACGUAUGUAUGAAUAUAGGCAUAGAUUUAAGCCAAUGCAGAGCCUAUGCCAAGAGC